UGCUUUCUCUCCCCCUACCACUGAGCUCGCGCCAAUUUGUCGCAACUCGGAGCUUCAUCCUCGGGCAAUCGACUGCUACCUUUUAUUGUACACGUUUCGAAGGAGGUCCAAGGAAGUACUCUAACUUCACGGGCCACUAGGCAUCAAAAGGAAUGGACUAAUCUGCUGUGAUGAACAGUUGUUGUGUUUUUGGCAGGAGGUUUCGACGUUUUUCUCAAGAGGAAUGGAGGGUGCCGCCCUCCGCGUUUUGGCCUUCGGUUUCCUCCUUGCCGCUGCGUCUGCGCAGAAAGAAAACUGCCCAAGUGGCUGGUACUACUAUCGACGUCACUGCUAUCAUCUCUAUAAACCCGCCAGCUACACCAAGGAAUUGGCAUCAACCUACUGUCUUGCCCGCGGGGCACAUCUAAUUACCUAUCGCGAUGAGAAUGAGGUGAACAAUGUUCACGAGUAUCUGAUUUCUCACAGUGCAAAUAUUGUGUACUACACGGGAUUCCAGUUCCGAAAUGGCAACUUCACAACCGAUGACGGCCUCCCUGUGCGCUAUACGAACUGGGCUCCGGGUGAGCCAAGUCUUGGAAAGGCUAGCGGCGACUGCGUGGAUGUUCGCUUCACGCUCAGCACCCGCAAAUCCCUGUGGUACGUCCGGGACUGCAGCACCAGACUGGCCCUCCUCUGCAAGAAGCCAUCCGUGUGCCGUGGACCUACCAGAACGACGUAUUACUACAGAGGGAGAUGCUACACAAUCCAGACCACAUCCCUGAAUCAGCCCUCGGCCGUCACCAGUUGCCGACUCCGAGAUAAAUCUGAGCUGCUCAGUUUGCACUCGAAGAAGGAAAAGGACGUGGUGUUCAGGUUUCUGAAUGCGGCAUUUGGCGGUACGCGGUGGCUGUGGACGGGGCUGCAAAUAAAGAGUGAUGAUGAGCCGUAUCAGUGGGUGGACAAGUCAUUUGUGGACUACUCCAACUGGCUUGCUGGCCAUCCCACACCCGGUCUGAGCGCACCGCGCUGUGUGGAGAUGUAUCAAUCGCCCACGUCCCACAUCGGUUACGGCAAGUGGCGAGACACGAACUGCAUGACGCAGACGCUGGCUUCAGUUUGUGCCAGAACCGUAGGCGCGGAGGAGUUAAUUCCGGAAGAUGAUGAUCAGGUGCAAGCUGUUCUGAUAACGGCAGGCAAAGUUGGUAAGAAUGCUGGCAAAACACAGUGUAUGAGCUCGUCCAUGCAAUACAACCUUUCCUACAAGAUCGCCCAUCCUGGCAAGUACUCUCAACCGUGUCUGUAUGGUGAUCAGGGUGGACAGGCCUAUGCCAACUUCAUACAGACCUAUCGUGGUGAUCAACGUGCUCAGCCAGGAACGCACAAUGGACCACUGUCCAGCAGAUGUCGUUGUGCAGCCAAGGCGGAUGAUGAGAACGAGCAGUGGGUUUUUGACUUUGGCUACACAGACUGUGGCACACAUCGAAUCAUCGUCACGGACGCCCGACAUCGGUCUGAUAAGAUCACGUACGUGAACAAUAUCUAUGCGGGUUCACUGUCGUCUGGUAACACCAGUCUUGCUCAAAGUGAUCCAUCCGACUACCGACACAUCACGCUGCAGUGUUCACUAGAUGCAGUGCUCUUUGUCUCCACGUACGGAUAUUUAAUUGACGUCUACUCUUCAUCCGUGUUUGUACUGGAAAGUGGAGGAUCGUUCACCGCCAGCAGUUACUUUGUCAGAAAUGCUCGCCCAGUGGGUCGUAACGAAACUUCUCCCAUCACCUUCACCGUUGGUCUCCCGGUGACGUAUGAGUUCUCACUGGAGACCGAGGACGAUCUCUACCUUCAUCCAAUGCAGUGUUGGAUCUCUAAUGGCGAUCGAGAGUAUUAUCCACGAGUUGUCGCCGUCUUUAACGGUUGUGCAAGCAAGGAGAAUGUCAACUUUGCUCCGACUCGCUAUCGAUUCGACGAAGCUACCAACACGUCCUCCAAGUACUUCCAGUUGUCACUGGUGGCGUUUGCAUUUCAGAAUCGCGAGGAAAAUAUCUACUACCUACAUUGCACCGUGCGAAUCUGUGGUGCUGGGGCUGGACAAGAGCUUUGUCAGCCAACUUGCGGUGAUAGUCAGCAGAGGCGACAACGACGACAGCAUGCGGACGUGGGGUAUUCAUCGUCGUCGGACGUACGGCAGCUGUCCGGCAACCCUCUGCUGACGUUCACUUCUCCACCGUUCCUUGUAAUCGAUCCUCACAGCGGCACGCAGUCUAUUACCACAUUCUCGAUGUUCUCCCUCUACUUGUCCUUGUCUCUCCUGUACGCCAUUAUUUUCACGCUGUAGAUAGCUAGCAGCAGUCUGAUCAUAAAUAUAAUGUUUUUUUUGCAAAUUUCGAAAUAGUGGUGGCGACCUCGGCGAUAAUUUUAUAAGGAAGUUGGUUGCUCCUACACUGGAGCUCGCUUUUUCCCGUUUAUUUGUUUGUUUAAAAUGCUGAUUAUCCGUGUCGAGCACUUGCUGGGGCUCAUGUACAUGUACAUGUACCAAUAACUCUCUUGCCACAGAUUUGCUUCAUCGUUUCUGCACUCAGUGUACACCGGCAUUUUUCACACCA